AUGGCAGAACAGCAAUCACAUGUUCAAGAAGACCCAACCCAUCGCCAACAUCAUCAUCAUCAUUUUCCUUACAAAAGGACCCAACAAGGUUUGACUUCUCGCUAUAGACCCAAUGCUCCAAAACGUGAACAUUGCAUAUGCAUCACAAUCUUCAUCCUUUUACUUGGCAUCAUAAUCCUCAUCCUCUGGCUCGCCUACCAUCCCUCUAAACCCCGGUUCUCGGUGACCAGCGCCGCCAUCUACGGCCUCAACGCCACCACCCCGCCACUCAUGUCCAUCGCCAUGCAAUUCACCAUCCUCAUUACCAACCCAAACAAGCGUGUCUCAAUUUACUUUGACAGGCUCUCUGCUUUAGUGUCUUAUAGAAACCAACCCAUCACACCACAUGUUAUGCUGCCACCACUCUACCUAGAGAAGCACAGCACCGUGUCGUUGUCGCCGGAGAUAGGAGGCACGCCGGUGCCGGUGUCGGAGGAGGUGUCAAACGGGUUAGUAAUGGACGAGAUGAAUGGAGUGGUGGCUCUGAAACUUGUCUUUCUUGGAAGGUUGAAGUGGGAGAGUGGUGACAUAAAAUCAGCACAUUAUGGGUUGUACGUGAAGUGUGACCUAUUGGUGGGUUUGAGGAAAGAUUUUGUGGGUCAAGUUCCUCUGCUAGGAGCUCCACUUUGUGAUGCUGAUACAUGA